ACUUUCUAUUCAUCUUCAUUUCCCAUUGAGUCACACCACGGAGUAUUACUCUCAGGUACAGGGAACGCAUUUUAUUUGUGCACGAAGUAAGGACGACCACUGAGAAGGUACAAAGAACGCAUUUUAUUUGUGUACCUUAGAAGUAAGGACGACCACCGAGAGACACAAAGAAGAAUAUGAAAUCUUCGAGCAAGAGAAUUAUCGAUACGUACGAGCUAGAUACAGAAGAACAAAGAGAUAAAAUGGAGCAGAGAAAGAGAGAUGGUCAAAAACGACGUCGGAAAAUUGAAGGGGGACGUCGGGAGAUCGAACGAAUGCAGUACCUGGCCGAUUGGAUUGACAGUGUGCGUGAGAAGAAGCUGCAAUUCAAAAGGAAAUAUAAAUUACGAAUGACGGCCAUGCUGACUCGCACUUUGCGCAGCAUGGAAUAUGAAUACCGAGUUCAAGAGAUAUCGGGAAUACAUCGUCAGCCUCUCAAGUGUGUGGAGAAUGUGGGAAUUGUACAUAAUCGUAAUUUGUACAAUGCAGCUGAACGUCGGGAUAUAGAAUAUCAGCAACUUAUCUCGAAAAGGAAUAAUGUUUGGCAGGGAUCUUUGUGUGAGGAUCUUAGCAGCUUGGAUGACUUCCUGCAGCAACUUGGACAGUCUUUCCAAUUAUUAAAGCAAGUGACAUCUAUGGAGUCUAUGGAAGAGAAGUCAGAAUAUUUCUUUCAAAGCUAAUUUAUUGAUCUGGACUUGUUAUCGUAUAUGAAGUGGAAAGACUUUUGAAUAUUGCUCAUACUGUUGUAAUUUCUAAUGGGUAAUCUUUCACAACAACUCAAGACUCAUCGUUGGUUACAACGGGGCCUUUGGCAAUUGCUCAUGCAACUAUAUUUCUAAUCUAAAUAACUUUCCUAUAACAACUCGAGGAAGGGAAAAGGAAAGUCAAUAUAAUGACCAGAACAAAAAAAACUUAUGACUUUUCCAAUUAUUAUUGAUGGAAGGUAUCUAGAAUCUAUGAAGUAAAGAAGUUCAAUCUUUUUUCAAAUGCAAUAUUUUGAUUCAGACUCGUCAUCAAAUUUUUCGAAGAUCUUUUAUUUCUUCUCUUACUCAAAGAAACAAUGGAGAUUUUUACUCAUGUGCCAAGAAAAAAGUCUAUUGCAAUAUUAACAGCAUCAAUAUAUUUUGCUUAGAGAAGACUUGAUGAAAUGUCUUUGUGAUCAAAUAGAUAUAUUUGAUACGUGACGAUCAAACGAAUAUGUUCCUACUUUUAUUAUUAAUGAGUAAGAAAAAUCUAUAAUAGAUGCACUAUAUGUAAUAUAAUACUGAGGACACUGCUGAACCUUUUUAAGAAGAAGAAGAAGAAAUCUAGAAAGAGCAACAAGAAGACUACAAAAGUUUUUAGAGGAAUCUUUUGAGCCAUGCAUAGGCAGCAUUGUCACAAUUUUUACAAUUUGAUACUUAUCCUAGUAUAUAUCUAGGUAUUUUUUACUUACAGUCUCACCAUUUGAGAUGACAAUGAAUGUACAUGGACAGAAAAA